AUGAAAGUUCAUACGUGGAUUGGGCUCACAGUUGCCCUGAGUUUGUUUACUAGCGCCGAGGCUCAUCCGGCAACUUUCCAUCCUCAAGGCCGAGAUGACAUCUCCUUCACGAUAACAGUGUCCGAUGCCGCGAAAUCCUCUCAACUGGACGCCCUAUUCUUCCAAAUCCAAGCACCGAGUACAGUCCAAUGGGUCGCACUUGGCCAAGGCGACCAGAUGGCGGGAGCGCAUAUCUUCCUGAUCUACGCGUCCUCCUCGACCAACGUGACUGUCUCGCCUCGUGCGGGCACGGGUCAUGUCCUCCCGCGAUUCAAUCCAGAGAGUCACAUCUCACUCCUGCCCGGAACUGGCAUCAGGAACGCGACCAUGACGGCGAAUUUCCGAUGCCACGACUGCCUUGGUGGCCACGGCGACACAAUCAACGCAACCGACUCCGCGAGCAGGUGGAUCUGGGCCUACAAGAACGGCAGUCCGAUUGAGUCCGAUGACGUCUCGGCGGCAAUUGACUACCAUGAUGCCUUUGGAGGGGUGGUCGUGGAUCUGACGCGCGCGCGCUCAACCAUCGAUAUGAACGGUGAUCCCUUCUCGGACGCUUCCUCGGACGCCGUCCGUCCAAUCGACGAACUCUCCAUCUCCGAACCCGCAGGCCUGUCCGCAACGGCGAUCGCACACGGCUGCCUCAUGGCAAUCGCAUUCCUCCUGCUCUUCCCGACUUUCGCGCUUCUCGUCCCCCUUUCGACUUUCAUACGCAUGCCCGUGACGACCAUCCACGCCCCACUGCAGGGCCUCGCACUGGCCACGGCAAUAACUGGCUUAGGGCUAGGGCUGAAGAUGUGGGCGGAUGGCGGCAGCAACGCAGCCGCGCAUCCCAUUAUCGGAAUCGUGGUCGUGGCGAGUCUAGCUCUCGUUCAGCCUGUUCUCGGGUGGCUUCAACACAAGCAUUUCAAGCGCACCGGGGGAAAGAGCUGGUUCGCGUACUUGCACCGCUGGCUAGGCCGUGGAAUGCUUGCCCUGGGCACAAUCAACGGGGGACUUGGGUUUUGGUGGCUGGGAUCUAGCACAGGGCCGCUGAGAACAGGGAUGAUUGUGUAUGCGGUUGUUGCGUGUGUCGUAUUUGUGGCAUAUGUGGGCGUGCAUGUUAGUAUUUGGGCUGGUAGCGCGGGGCGACAGGAGGAUCUGCAAGGCGUUCGGCUGGAGGAUAGGCCUUCUGCCGAGAUGUUGCAGAGCUUGAAUUUGAAUGAUGGAACCAAGGCGUCUGACGAUGUGCCACGAGCGGGUGGGUAUGAGGUGGGAGUCGCAGCUGAGCGGGGAUACAAGGAUUGA